GAAUGACGUCAUCAUUUCCAAGUUCAAACCACCUAACUGUCGGACGCUUGUGCGUCUCUGGCUCGCCCUGUGGAUUAUCGCAAAGCCCUUCCCUUCUCCUUCCUUUCCUACGAACCGUCUUCGGCUUCGCAGCCCCAUUCCUGCAUGCAAAGCCCCUACUCGUUCGCCGCGAUGCUGCCGGACCGCGACCUCUGCACGUGCUUCGCCGGAGAAAAUGGUGGCCCCGAUGGCGACCGCCACGGAUCCGCCGAUCCCAACUGUACGCAUUGCAGGAAGUCCGAUCCUUCACCCUCGUUGCUUUACUAUUCUUCCUCGCUCGGAUACGUUUCGGCGCCGUUGAGCGACUCCGAGAAGCUGCGGAGAGUCGUGACUGCUUCGGUCAAGGGAUUCACAAUCGGCGCCGGCCUCAAGGGCGGCCUCGCCAUUUUCUCGAUCCUAGCUCGGCUGAGACGACGGAAGCUCUUAGCCUCUCUCAGGACGGAGGGUGUGAUCACAAAUAGAGAAGCAAUUGUUACCGCUUUGAAGGAGACAUUGAGAUAUGGUUUAUUUCUCGGAACUUUUGCCGGCACAUUUGUUUCGGUGGACGAGAUUAUUGGUUCGUUGGCAGGUCACCGUAGGACAGCCAAAUGGAGGGCUUUGCUGGCAGGUGCUAUAGCAGGGCCGUCUAUGCUUCUUACCGGACUGAACACGCAGCAUACGAGCUUGGCCAUAUACAUUCUUAUGCGUGCUGCUGUGUUGGCGUCGCGGUGUGGGAUCAAAAGCAAACGGUUUGGUGGCAUUUGUAAACCUCUCACUUGGGCUCAUGGUGACAUUUUCCUUAUGUGCCUCUCCUCUUCACAAAUUCUGUCUGCUUACAUAUUGAAGCAGGAAAGUUUACCUCCAUCAUACAAAUCCUUUCUCAAUAAACACGGAGGAAAGGAUACCGUAAUAUUGCAAGGUGUAAAAGAGAUUGCAAGGGGCAUACCUUUUACUAAUUUGGAAGCAAUAGAAAAGCAUUACAAAUCCAUUGGGACAAAUAUUAAACUAGAUCCAGGCAUGCAAGUUCCCUGCUCGAUUGUUCAUGGAGAUCAGUCAUGUGGUGGACAUGUUCUUUCUUUCCUUAUUCAAGCCUAUAAGAGAGCAUUGCCGGUUUAUCUUCCAGUGUAUCUGAUUCCGGCCCUUAUAGUUCAUCGCCAAGAUCUCUUGAAAAGGCAUUACUCUAUACUACUAAAGGGCCUUCUUGGUACUGCAAGAUCAAGCUUGUUUCUAUCCGUAUAUUGCUCAUCUGCCUGGGCAUGGACAUGCUUUCUGUUUAGGAUUUUCAGGAGGUGUAACGUACCAAUGGUCGCAAUGGGGACGUUCCCGACUGGUCUAGCCUUGGCCAUUGAGAAGAAAAGCAGGCGGAUUGAGAUUUCACUCUACUGCUUUGCUCGGGCCAUCGAGAGCUUUUUCACCUGCAUGGCUGAUAUCGGGUACUUGCCGCCUUCAACAAAAUUGAAGAGAGCUGACGUAGUAAUCUUCAGCUUAUCAACAGCAAUCAUAAUGCAUUGCUAUGCACAAGAGAGAGAAGUUUUCAGAUCCAAAUACUUGAAUGUUCUCGAUUGGGUUUUCGGCGUCCCACCUCCAUCUUGUGAAACCCCUCGCUGCAAAAACAGUUAGGAAGUAGUGUCUACAGCAUUUUCGGUUUAAAGUCAUUUUGUUAGAGAUUUCCUUUUGCAUUUCCUCCAAACAGAAUGGAAGGAAGUUAUGUACCAUGACUCUCACAUUUUGUUACUAAAGUUGUAGGGCAUUAAUUUAUACUUAGCGAUUUUUGACA